CAGAUCAGCUGAUUUGUCAAAUCGUGUUUUGAUUACGAUUUUGUUAGAUUUUCUCUUUAUUCUAAGUUUUAUUCACUUAAUUAACAAUAGAUAAUGUCUAAAACUGCUCACGUAGUGGAUGGAGAGGCAUCGGAAUCGGAUUCAGAAAUUGAAGUAGGAAAAUCACCCGAAUUAGAAAUACCAACAAAUACAGCUGGGUUUGUUAUCGCUGGAGAAGCACCAGAAUCUGAUGAUGAAUCAAAGAUAACCCGAGUGCAGACACCAAGCGAACCUGACCUGCCCCUCCAUUCAAUUCUCACUCCCCCCACAAGCCCUAGCAAGAUAUACAACUCAUUGCUACACCAAAAACUAUGGGAAUGCAACGUGUCCUUACGAGCGAGUAUCGAAGGCCUGUUCAGACACACGACUGAGCUGUCGGUGGACAAGCUGGCGAGGGCUGACAAGACCCUCCUUAAUGUGCAGGAAAGCAUGAGAGCUACGAACGCGAAUUUGUCCUUAGCGAGAGCAAGACUGAAGCAAAUGCAGGCGGAACUGGAGAAGGCAAAUUGUAGUGCAGCACUGACAACUGUCAAAAUCAAGUCUUAAGACUGUAGGCUUAAGUCUAUAAACACUUCUAUGUACUGCCCAUAAGACUAUCCCCUCACUAUGAAUAAAGUCAAGCUUCGACCUAAUCAACUCGUGCAGAUCGCGUUGGCGAUGGCGAUCACUGCGCGUGCAUAGAUCGCCGCGACCAAUGACAGGACGAGUUGAUGUGAACUCAUCGCUACAAAUUCAUACACGACAUCAGUCUGUCAUAAUAUUUUAUUAAAAAACUUGAAUUUGAUUUAUUAUUUGUUAAAAAAAAUGAGUUUUAGCGAAUGUUUUUCGAUAAUAUAACGCAAAUCCAUGAAACGUUUUUAUACGACCGGUCACUUUUCGGUCUUCAUGAAAUGGACAAAAUUACACAAUUUGAAUUUAGGAAAACGAUCGAUGAUCAAUGUAUUCAUUGUCCAUCCAUGAACAACUUUACACAAUCGCACCUCUGAUCGCCAUCGCGAUUGCAAUGGUUUGGAUGAACCUUUAAGUCUUUAAACACUUCUAUGUAAAUCGAGCACAUCAGGCUAUAUUUAAGUUGCAAAAUAACCAUGCUAACUGUAGUGUAGCACUAACCACCGUGAAAAUAAAGUCUUAAGUUUACAAACACUUCUAUGUUUUAUAAUAGCCCAUAAAACUACUCAUUUUUGUUGCAGAAGUUAGGCAAAAUGUAGUGAACCAUAAAAUUUCACGGUUUGUGUGUUUCUAUUGCCGUUAUAACAACGAAUAAUAAAAUUAAACAAUGAAGAGGGCUUGAUCGUAUUGCUUGUUGUUUAUGGUAGAAUGUUCGCCAUUUUCCUUAUAGAAAAACACGUGACUCUCCCUUCAAGAAAAGUUCCUGGAAUUUGUAUGGCUUUGGUACGGUUUUAUUCAGAUUUAUUUUUAACGUUUAUUUAGGGCGCUCCCUUACUAGGAGUAUUUGUAAAUCGCAAGUAAUGUAGUAACGUAAUAGGUGUUUUAUACUAGGUUUUGCCCGUAUCUUCGCAGGGUGAAUUUCACAUUUAUUUAUAGUAGAUUUUUGAGAAUUGGGAAACAGUGUUGCUAGGUAAAUAUCUACUUUAUAUUUAUGAGAUUUCAAUACACCAAGUAAUAAUUGAUAGUAUUGAUACCCCCGCUGAAAUUUUGAGUAGCUUGUCUCUACUUAGAAGUCUAAAUGUAUUUUUUUAAAACCUCCUUAAUCUUCAAAAAGACGUGGAAAAUGCUGAAAAGUAUAAAAA